UUUAACACACCACUGGUUUGAGCAGCUCGUCGCCAUUUAUAUAUAGCACUAAUUGCUUACAUUUGUAAGAUGGCCUGCGGACGUAACAAAUUGUGAUUUAGCAUUUUGGGAAUAUUACACUUGGCCCGAAGAGUGUGAAUAUUAGAAUGAUGAUGUCAAACUCAGUACGAAUUGUGCCCUUCCUACCUGGGAUGGAACUGGGAUAAGAUUUUAAUGCUAAACAGUGGAAUGCCGUGAAUCGGAAAUAUACAGGGGCGGAAAAGAAGUUACAGACAAAUGAAUCGAGUUAUCGAUAUUCUUUUGUGGACACGCCCGAACAGCUGUGCGACGUUCUGAUGAUACCUGUAGAAUAUGCACUCAAAGAACGAAUUGCCCACGUUAUUGAUAACAAUUUAUGGGAUGUAUUCAAGCUUUUUGAGACUCCAAAUUCCAAAACACUUAUUUUUAGACUCACAUUCAUCAAGGAGCGCCGGACAAUGGACAUGGAGGAAAAAGAUUCUGCAGUACCUGGGGACGACGUCACGCACUGGGUAUCACAGAUUGAUAUCGGCAACGAGCUUGUCGUUAUCUUAAAUUUUAACGACGAUGUCAUUAUGAAGAACAUUCUUGGAGGUGAAUCCGGUGAACUUGAUGCCGACAAGAUAAACAGUCUGUACCAGAAGGUUUGCACGAUACAUGAAAGUAAUAUAAUGCAAGGUAAAAAAGAUAUCGAAUGUAGAAUAAAGACAAUUGGACUCAAGCAUGCGAAGACGUGGAAAGAUUCCAUUCAGUUACUGAAAGAUUUUGUUGAUAAUACUAAUACAUGGGAGAGCACUGACGACUAUGUCAUUACAAAGACAAUGAAACACAUCUUGGAAAAUGAAAACGAAGAUGUGCCCGAGGAAAGAUCAUCGUUGUCAUUCUACAAACUUAGAGCCACGUUGAAGAGUUUUCAUAAAGGUGAAACCUAUUUGGAAAAAGAAUCGUUUGCAAACGACCCUACAAGUACUGAGUUCUAUAACAUAUUAUUCCAACUAUUUUACGACUGCCCAAAGGCUAAACAACUAUUACAGAGCGUAUUGGCAAGGGAAGAAUUUAAAUUCAUUGUAGAUGACAGCACAAUGAAUGACCUCUACGAUCAAGUAUUACGCUUGAAUUUACGUGUUAAAAGUAUCAUCAAAACGCUGGAUUUAGUUUCCAUACACGGUGACGUUAGAAGUAAAGUAAAAAAACACGAGAACAUUCUAAAAAUUGUGGAAGAUUACAUAAAUAAAUAUACCAGACAAAUACCUACAGGGAUACCAACUCGGAUUCUUACACUGGGACGAGCAGGGCACGGCAAAAGCUCAACCGCAAACAGUAUUUUAGACGAGAGUUAUUUCCCUGCUGGUGGAGAAUUGAAUGGAGUGACCAAGAAUGCGAUGGUGAAUACAAAAACGGUGAAUGGAAGGGAAGUAACUAUUGUUGACAUGCCAGGGGUUUUUGUAACAAGCUCGGGCAUUUUUUCAGCUGCUGCUACUCUAAGUAGGGAAUUCAGUCAAGCUAUAGCAAAAUGUCUUGAAGGUUUUCAUGUCUUACUUCUUAUAUUUUCGUACGGAAUGCGUGUAACUGCUGAAGAAAAACGAUGUGUACAAGUGCUAAAGAGAAUGUUGGGCGAAGAUGUAUUUGCUAAUUACGGCAUCAUUGUAAUCACAAAAGGAGAUGCAUGCAAAGAGAAUGGUGACACACCAAUAAGUAAAUGGCUAAAAUCAGAGAAAUUCUUUAAAGAUCUUCUAGAAGAAUGUGGGGAAAGAUGUGUUUUGUUUGAAAACAAAACGGCAGACUUAAUAGUUAAAAUAGAACAGCGAGUCUUAUUAUUUCAUUAUAUUGACAAACUAGGAGGCAAAGUUUUCAGCAGUGGAUUAUUUGAACAUGCAAAGAAAACACGUUAUAACUUGCUCAUAGAGAAAGGCUUUUCAGAAGAUAAUACCUUUCGAACAAACUGCGAUGAAAUGUAUACAUACCUACGUCAAUUAAAACAAGACAAGCCAAUAGAUGAGAAAAUAAUAGAGCAAAUUAAAAACACAUACUGCGUGCUUGGGGAGCCAGAAAACAAUAGUAAAAUCCAAUCGUUACAAAAAUGUCUGGAUGCCGUAAUUAGAGAGCACGGUUCAUAUUCAACAUUAGGAAAGUCAUUCACAAAACAAGUGCAAUGUGUGGGACACCUAAUCCAGUGCUUGCAUGAAGUAUUGAAAGACAUUUGUCACAUUGAUCACUUGGUUGCUUUAGACGUUGAGGAGAAAAACUGUUUUCCUAAAGGCUCUUCUGUCCUCCUUGAAAACGGACGGAAAGAGUUAGUAGAGAAUCUGUCGCCAGGAAUGAAAGUACUUACAUUCGAUAAGAAAAAGGGUUUUGUCUAUGAUGAGAUCUACAUGUUCGGACAUAAACAAGGAAACACCGUGUCGAAAUUUGUCGUCAUCCACACAGAGUCACAUCAAAUAACAAUCUCACCAGAACAUCUAAUUCUCUGUCAGAAAAACGACAUGAAAAGUUUUGUCGCCGCCAAAACUGUCUCAGUCGGAGAUGAAAUUCUAACGAAAUCUGAGCUGGGGUUUGUCUGGUCAAGCGUGGCUGACGUCACGUACAGAGUGGACAGAGGUCUGUACGCACCUUUCACCAGAAGCGGCACCAUUGUGGUGGACGGUGUCGUGGCCUCCUGCUACAUCGAUGUGCUGCCACAUGACGUGUGUCACAGGAUGGUGUCACCAAUCAGAUGUUUGUACCGUGUGUCACCAUCUCUGGUGAGACGUGUCUGUGGUGUAUCAGACACACAGCCGGUACCAAAGAUAGCUCGUAUUGCCUUAACGGUGUUAGGGUACCGUAAGAUGAUCGCCAAGCAGACAUGGGGGGCAGUUAAACUGUUUUGAUAAAAAGAAAAGUUGGACGAGAAUUGACAGGCAUUCUUAUACAUUUAUGCAUACAUGCUAAAUGGAAAACUGAGACAUUCAACGCCAUGAAAAAUCAAAAUUUAGCACGGAAUUACAUGUAAGCAGAUAGCAUACGUAAAGUCCGAACUAUGCAUUCGAAGAUUUAAAAAAAAUCUAAACAUUUGGAUUUUAAGUUAUUUUUAGACGUUUAUUCAAGUUUAAAUCUUAAUCCUACAUAUGAGCUUGAAAUAAUUUACUAAAUACUUUGUGUACUAGCAC